GAGAGAGUCUCAGGCUGGCAAUGGCCAUGGAGGAGCUGCGGCGAGGGCUGUCCCGCUGGAAGCGCUACCACAUCAAGGUACACCUAGCCGACGAGGCAUUGCUACUGCCACUGACCGUGCGGCCCCGAGACACACUGAGUGACCUGCGCGCACAGCUAGUGGGCCAGGGUGUAAGCUCUUGGCGCAGAACCUUCUACUACAACUCUAGGCCUCUGCCUGACCAUCAGACAGUUCGCGAAGCUCGCCUGCAGGACGGCUCAGUAUUACUUCUGCUCAGCGACACCAGGUAGGAAAUGGAGGAGAUGGAGCGAUGAUUUUAGGGACACAAGAUGCUGGCUGAAGGAGCAAACUGGCCCAGGCACCACAUCUCUCUCUUCCUGGGAGUCCAGUCGUACUUCAGGUGCUGGGCUUCCAGAGAGAUGCCAACUCCCCAGCCCUGCUGAUGCCCACUGCCUCUGGUGUUCCUGAUGGUGACUUCUGACAUUGUCGUCCAGCCCUCCAUCCCCCCAACCCCGGCAAGGAACCUUCUGGUUGCUCUGUGGCCUUAGGACCCUCCCUUGGGAGCCUCUGCUGCCUGGAUCGACCUCUGUCCAUCCCCAGAGCACAGCCUCCUCGGGGAAGCUCAACAGGCACACUUCCUUCUUUGGAGGACCCACGGGGCUCCAGCUACGAACAGAACAGGAGGACACUCUGAUCCAGGGGGGUCUUGGUGAGCCCAUAGGUGUGCAAAGUGGUCUGAGUAUUUCAGCACGUGCUGUGGGGGCUCUACUCCACAGCUCCAGUGUUGGGUGCUAUGUGACCCUGCCCCCCAUUGUCCCUGUUUCCCCCCACCCCUUCAUGUGCUGGGGGACUACACUGUGAGCCCAGAAGGAAAUAAUGUUUUAAUUAAGAGUUGUACAGGCUGCAGGAGGCAGAGCAGGGCAGCUGGGAACUGAACCAUGGUCUUUGGAAUCAGGGUUGCUAGACAUUCGCAACUAUGCAGGCCUUGGGGGUGUGGGUCCCUCUCUGCCUCCCCAGUCUCCUUCUAGAUCCACCAGGCUGUUGUUCAGCUGUGGGGGAAGCUGCUGGCCCUCUGGGAGAGCUGCUGGGGAGUGGAGGGGAGGCUGGUAUUGAGGGGCGAGAGAAAGCAUUUUGACAUUUAACAAACCUUAUGCAAAUUGCAUGCAAAUUACAUGCAAAUCACUAUUCAUUUCUUCAGGCGGACAGCCUUAGCGUGUUCAGAAAUAAUAAUGUAGGGCCUGUUCCUUGGUCCCAGUCCUGGCGGUCUUCCCUCCCUGCCCUCCUCCCUCUCUCCCUCCCUCCCUCCCUCUCUCUUUCCCUCCUACCCUUCCCAUCUUUGAUCCAAGGCCGCCUAGCCCUGAAGUGGAUGUAAACAGCCCAAUUGGCUGCCUUCAUUCUGUUUUCUAGAUCAGAGAACCAAGGCCUGAGGUCCCAAAGCCACAAUGUGGAGAGCAUGUGACCUCUCUCCAACAGUCAUCAGAAGCCAACAUGAACAGAACCUGUGACCCACAAAGAAAAGGUGACAUGAGGAGGCUCCAGGCCUGUGAUAGCUUGCAACAGCACAGGGGAAUUGUGGUGCUGAAGGCCAGGCUGCUGAGUGUGAGCCCCCCACAAGCUCACCCUGUUCCUUAUGUCCUGAGAUCUCCCUGAAUUCCUGCCACAGGACCAUCAGUUUUUUUUUUUUCCCACUCCACCUUCUUUUUGUUUUUUAUAGACUCCUAUUUAUUCUACCUUCAGUGCCCCAUUUAUACACAGCCAUUCCUGAUACUCCAGUGAUAGCCUCCAGUGUCCUCCGGGUCCCUGCUAUGCCAGCACUAUGCUCCUGUCCUAGGCCUGAGUCAUGAGCCCAGGUUAGGUAGGAGGCUCAUUCCAUCUCUGUGAACUCACUUCAGGAGACCCAAGGUCAUGUUCCUACUCCGGGCUCUAGGUGCAGAGGUGCCAUUUUGAAUGUGUUAUCAAAUAAAGACUGACAACAAAGCAGGA